ACCAGCUUACUUCCUUUAAGGGAGAACUGGUGGGCGGUCCUUCCUGUGACACGACCCUUGAGUGACAGUUCUAUUUGAUUGCCUCCAGUACUGUGAGGAAAGGACACGACUCUAUGGUGAGGACUGAUGGACAUACAUUAUCUGAGAAAAGAAACUACCAGGUGACAAACAGCAUGUUUGGUGCUUCAAGAAAGAAGUUUGUAGAGGGGGUGGACAGCGACUACCAUGAUGAAAACAUGUACUACAGCCAGUCUUCUAUGUUCCCACAUCGGUCAGAGAAAGAUAUGCUGGCAUCACCAUCUACAUCAGGUCAGCUGUCUCAGUUUGGGGCAAGUUUAUACGGGCAACAAAGUGCACUAGGCCUUCCAAUGAGGGGGAUGAGCAACAAUACCCCUCAGUUAAAUCGCAGCUUAUCACAAGGCACUCAGUUACCGAGCCACGUCACGCCAACAACAGGGGUACCAACAAUGUCACUUCACACGCCUCCAUCUCCAAGCAGGGGUAUUUUGCCUAUGAAUCCUAGGAAUAUGAUGAACCACUCCCAGGUUGGUCAGGGCAUUGGAAUUCCUAGCAGGACAAAUAGCAUGAGCAGUUCAGGGUUAGGUAGCCCCAACAGAAGCUCGCCAAGCAUAAUAUGUAUGCCAAAGCAGCAGCCUUCUCGACAGCCUUUUACUGUGAACAGUAUGUCUGGAUUUGGAAUGAACAGGAAUCAGGCAUUUGGAAUGAAUAACUCCUUAUCAAGUAACAUUUUUAAUGGAACAGAUGGCAGUGAAAAUGUGACAGGAUUGGACCUUUCAGAUUUUCCAGCAUUAGCUGACCGAAAUAGAAGGGAAGGAAGUGGUAACCCAACCCCAUUAAUAAACCCUUUGGCUGGAAGAGCACCUUACGUUGGAAUGGUAACAAAACCUGCAAACGAGCAAUCCCAGGACUUCUCAAUACACAAUGAAGACUUUCCAGCAUUACCUGGUUCCAGCUAUAAAGACCCCACGUCAAGUAAUGACGACAGCAAACCUAAUUUGAAUACAUCGGGGAAGACGACUUCAAGUACAGACGGACCCAAAUUCCCUGGAGAUAAAAGUUCAACAACACAAAACAAUAAUCAGCAGAAAAAGGGGAUCCAGGUGUUACCUGAUGGUCGAGUUACUAACAUUCCUCAAGGGAUGGUGACGGACCAAUUUGGAAUGAUUGGGCUGUUGACAUUCAUCAGGGCGGCGGAGACAGACCCAGGAAUGGUGCAUCUCGCUUUAGGAAGUGACUUAACAACAUUAGGCCUCAAUCUGAACUCUCCUGAAAAUCUCUACCCCAAAUUUGCAUCACCCUGGGCAUCUUCACCUUGUCGACCUCAGGACAUAGACUUCCAUGUUCCAUCCGAAUAUUUAACGAACAUUCACAUUAGGGAUAAGCUGGCUGCAAUCAAGCUCGGCCGAUAUGGAGAAGACCUCCUCUUCUAUCUCUAUUACAUGAACGGAGGAGAUGUAUUACAACUCUUGGCCGCAGUAGAGCUUUUUAACCGUGAUUGGAGAUACCACAAAGAGGAACGAGUGUGGAUUACCAGAGCACCAGGCAUGGAGCCCACAAUGAAAACCAACACCUACGAGAGGGGAACAUACUACUUCUUUGACUGUCUUAACUGGAGGAAAGUAGCUAAGGAGUUCCAUCUGGAAUAUGAUAAAUUAGAAGAACGGCCUCACCUGCCAUCCACCUUCAACUACAACCCUGCUCAGCAAGCCUUCUAAAAGACUUCCCUUUUCCUGGGGUAUGGCUGUCUCAGCACAGUACUCGACAGAUCCGCAGAAUUGAUGUGGCUCAGGCACCCUGGUUUUCAUUCCUUGAGGAUCUGGCAAUUGGCUUACGUAAAGGGUCACCAUUUGAGGUCCUGCCUUACCAAUUAUGUGCUGCCCAACAACUAAAUUUGUCAUUUGUUUUCUCUAGUUUGAGCAGGGUCUGAAUGUUUUCGUUUAUUUUCUUUUUGCCAGCAGACAGACUUGGGUCUAUAAAGACAAGCAAGUACACUGACAGAAGUUACCAUUUAGUUUCUUAAAUGUAAAAAGAAAACCCACAAAAGACUCAACACAAUUAGACCACAAACUUUACAUUGUUCCUUGUAGCACUAUUGGUAAUAAAAUAACAAAUGUUUGUGCAUUUUUAUGUGAAGAUCCUUCUCGUAUUUCAUUUGGAAAGAUGAGCAAGGUCUGCUUCUUUCAUUUUACUUCCCCUUCUGUUUCUGAACGGCAGUUUCGCCAGGCUUAAUGCAAGAAUAUGACUGUAGAAGAAAGAGAUUGCCACAGUCUCUGGAUGGUUUCCAGGGCUGUGUUGUUACUGAGCUUCAUCUUUCCAGAAUGAGCAAAACACUGUCCAGUCUUUGUUACGAUUUUGUAAUAAAUGUGUACAUUUUUUUUAAAUUUUGGACAUCACAUGAAUAAAGGUAUGUAUGUACGAAUGUGUAUAUAUUAUAUAUAUGACAUCUAUUUUGGAAAAUGUUUGCCCUGCUGUACCUCAUUUUUAGGAGGUGUGCAUGGAUGCAAUAUAUGAAAAUGGGACAUUCUGGAACUGCUGGUCAGGGGACUUUGUCGCCCUGUGCACUAAAGGGCCAGAUUUUCAGCAGCCAAGGACAUCCAUACCCAAGUGAAUGUGAUGGGACUUCAAGACGUGAACUGAGACAAUUCACUCUGGCUGUUUGAACAGCAGCGUUUCAUAGGAAGAGAAAAAAGAUCAAUCUUGUAUUUUCUGACCACAUAAAGGCUUCUUCUCUUUGUAAUAAAGUAGAAAAGCUCUCCUCA